ACUGGAUUACUGUCUAUUUUUAAUUUAAUCUGAAUGGAUUCCUUAUGCUGGAAAGGUAGCUAAUAGAGAUUGGGAGCCAUUUAACUAAUUUGUGAUUUUAUGUGGUGUCAACACCUUUAGAAACCCAAUUUUAGGCACGAGUCAAAAAAAGAAAUAUUUCUCAAAGAGUGAACUGUGGAACAAAAUGGCUAACUUUUUUCAGAAGGACAUCUUCCUCAUCUAUCCCACAAACUGGCACAAAAUGUGAUAAAGGGCUGCACGUCCGUCCAACACUGUGGAGCUAGCAUGGAUCUUGGUAGCCCUGAACAAGAUCCUGAAAUGAAGGAGGAAUAUUCUUCUGUCUAUGUUGGCAGAGAAGAUGACAUUAAGAAAUCUGAAAGAAUGACAGCUGUUGUCCAUGAUAGAGAAGUGGUCAUUUUCUACCACAAAGGAGAAUAUCAUGCUAUGGAUAUUCGCUGUUACCACUCAGGAGGACCUUUACAUUUGGGAGAAAUAGAGGAUUUUGAUGGACGACCGUGUAUAGUUUGCCCCUGGCAUAAAUUCAAAAUUACUUUGGCAACAGGAGAAGGACUAUAUCAGUCUAUAAACCCUAAAGACCCAUCAGCAAAACCCAAGUGGUGUUCCAAAGGAAUAAAGCAAAGGAUUCAUACAGUGACAGUGGACAAUGGGAAUAUUUAUGUGACUCUUUCUAAUGAACCUGUUAAGUAUGACUCUGAUUUUUAUGCCACUGGAAACUUCAAAGUAAUUAAGACUCCUUCCUGAUAAAAUCAUAUGGCAAUGAAAAGUGUAUAUGUUUUAAAAAUAACCUUGCUUCAAUACCAAAGAUGAUUUUUUCCAACAUAGGCACAUUACUUAUCUUUAAAAGUCAUACAGUUCUGAUAGGUUCAAUAGCACAAGUACUGAGUAUGAAGUCUAUAAAAUGCAUAGGUCUGGUAUGUGCACUUAAAGAAGGAUGAAAGUAAUUCAAACUAAAAUGAAGAAAAGGUAUAAAAUAAGAUCUAUUAAGAAAAAUGGGGGGGGGGUCCUUAUUUGAUGUAGCAGAUUUUAUUUAUCAUGGAAAAGUUGAAUAUAUACAAAGUAAACAGAAUUAUAUAAUAAACUCUCAUCACCCAACUUCAGCAAUUUCA